AGAACUCUGGUGCAGUCCCAGUCGUGUCUAUCCAUCCACCCAUUCAGCCGCGGCAAAUAUGGCGGCGCCCAGGUUUUUGGCAUGAAGUGUCGUGGUCCAAAGUUCUGGAUACCGAUUUCGCCGUUUGUUUCUAUGACGCAAAUCAGAUAAUCCAGGUGUCGCGAAAUCGCUCAAGAUCAUUUCGGAUACGCGAUGGCUGCGUCUUUCAAGCCCGCAUCGCUGUCAGAUUCCAGCGACGAAACUGAUGGAGACCACGAGCCAGCAAAGAAAGGGCAUGCCCAAACAGCAAAGAAGUGGAACAACGAGCCCAACAGGAAGAAAAGGCAGCUAUCACAAAAUGAGUCCAGCGAUACGGAUUCGGAGCUUCAUUCUCUGAAAAGGGUGAAAGGACCAUCACAGAAUGAUGGCUACAAGAGACCAAAUGCCCUGCCAAAGUCAAGAAAGGAGGGUGACAGUUUUGGUUUUGGCCGGGAGAUGGAUGGCGACCAUGAGCCAGCAAAGAGGUACAACAAUGAACUUAGCAGAAAGAGAAGACUGCCCCCACAAACCGAUGUGUACAAAGAACCGAAUGCAGUGCCAAAGUCGAGGAGUGAGAGCGACGGUUCCAGUAAAGGCAGUCCCACCAAGUUCUCGCACUUCAUGCCCAACUCCAGCGAGGACGACGACGAAGACGCCCGGAACAGCGAAGACGGAGGAGAUGCCAGCAACCAGAUCGCUUCUGGAAACUACAGCACCGCUUCAAAGAAGAUGAUGCAAAUAAUGGGGUACACGAAGGGCAAGGGUCUGGGCAAGCACAACCAGGGCAUGAAAGACAUCAUCCAUACCUCCAAGCAGCGGGGUCGCCGGGGUCUUGGCCUCUCCAUGGAUGGCCUGGAGCCCAGCACGGAUGUCACCUGGGAUUUCGAGAAGGAGGAGAUUGACGUCAGGGAGUAUUUGGAUUGGAUGCCCCAGUGCACCGAGGAGCCGCCUGACAUCAAGGAGCUUCGGUCGUGGGUUCAGGAAGGGAAGAAAAAGCUUAGCAUCGACGACGAGACGCUGUUCUGCGAUCCUGAGGUCCUCAAGAACGUCCUCGACUCCAAGAACAUCUUCGACAGGCUCGAGCCGGAGGAGAUGCGGAGAGCGCGCACGCGUUCUAAUCCCUUCGAAACUAUCCGGGGGGGCAUCUUCCUGAACAGGGCGGCGAUGAAGAUGGCCAACAUCGACUGCGCCUUCGACUUCAUGUUCACUAACCCCGUGGACAGCGAAGGGAAGUCACUGGUGGGUCCGGACGAGCUGCUGUACUUUGCGGAUGUGUGCGCGGGCCCUGGCGGCUUCUCGGAGUACGUGCUGUGGCGCAAGGGCUGGCAGGCCAAGGGCUUUGGCUUCACGCUGAGGGGCCCCAACGACUUCAAGCUGGAGGAGUUCUUUGCGGGACCCCCGGACACCUUUGAGCCCCACUACGGUCUCAAAGACAUUGAUGGCGAUGGCGACAUCUACGUCCCAGAAAACGUCAGGGCUUUCUCGAAGUUUGUGAAGAACAGCACAGACAACAAGCUGUGUCACUUCGUCAUGGCUGACGGUGGAUUCUCGGUGGAGGGUCAAGAGAACAUCCAGGAGAUCUUGUCGAAGCGUCUCUACCUCUGCCAGUUCUACACAGCGCUCUCGGUGCUGCGUGAAGGUGGCCACUUUGUCUGCAAGUUGUUUGACAUCUUCACCCAGUUCAGUGUGGGGCUGGUGUACCUCAUGUACCGGGCCUUCGAGCAAGUCUCCAUCUUCAAGCCCAACACCAGCCGGCCUGCCAACUCGGAGAGGUACAUAGUGUGCAAGUGGCGGCGGAAAAACACCAAAGACAUCGAAGACUACAUGUACGAGCAGUGCUGCCGCUUCGAGCAGAUCUCCAGUCCAACGACUGACACGGACAUCAUAGAGGUCGUGCCCCUGGAGAUCCUCAACGACGACGACCGCUUCUUCAACUACAUCCUCAACUCGAACAACAGGUUGGGACGACAGCAGGUAGUCCAUUUGUCCAAGAUCAAGGCAUUUGCACAGAAUGUCGAUCUUUACGAAGACCGUCAGAGUAACCUGCGCAAGGAGUCCUUACAGCUUUGGAAGGUACCCGAUCAAGUUCGAUCUGAGCCGAAGAGGAGCAGCCCGGCGGCAAAGUUCAAGGAGCUCAUCAAGAACGAGACGAGCUACUUCGACACCAAGCCAGACGAGCUGACAGACGUGGCGUUGCGGAGGAUGAAGAGCGUCUACGAUUACCGCUGCGUUGUCUGCGGCGAAUCGAAGCCCAACCCCCUCAUGUCGGACAACAAGUUCUUCUUUUUGGGCCUUGGGCGCAAACACGUGUACCAGUGGACAGGGGACACAAAGGAACAGUGGAAGAAGCCCGUGCAGGAAACUCUGGAACUUCCUGCGGACACCCUCUUCUACGGCGAGGUGGUGCAGGAGUUUGAGGGCGAAGGACGGCACCAGAAACGUUUCAACACGGUUCACAUCAUCGACGCCCUCGUCUUAGGCAAGGUAGACGUCAGGGACAUGCACUAUGACGAGAGGAUGAAGUGGGUGAGGAAGUUUGUGAAGGCGGUGUCCAAACCCAGCCGCAACGACCUGAUGCCGCUGCGAGCCAAAGAAGUCUUCAAGCUGGAGGAUGUGGGCACAAAGCUCUUCCAGGAAAGAAUCUGCGCAAAAUUGGAGAAAGGAGCCGCGCGUGCCAUGCGGCUCAGCUGCCUCAUGCCGCAGGAGAGCAGAGACAGGGAUGUGAAGCACUUCUACCCGGCCGGACUUCUUUUCUUCAGGACUACAAAGAGGCCGUGGCACGAAGAGGUCAGUCAGAGUACCAAGCGCACCUACUACUUCAACCCCGAGAGCAACCACAGCCUCUACGAGCGCCCCAAAGAGGCCGUGGCAAACUUCCGCACCUGCUUCACGACGGCCACGCUCUGGACGCUUCGGGACACGCCCGAAUCUUCGGACAAUGGCAAGGCGCGCCGGCAGAUGCUGGUGGACUUGGUCAACAGCAAGCUGGGGCGCUGAAGCCCAUCGGCGAGCUGGGGCGCCGAAGCCGUUCAGGAAGCUGGAUCGCUGAAGUCAAUCGGCGAUCGCCACACUCGCGGACCUUGUACAUUGGCACGGCGGCGUUGGCUGCGCAGAUAAAGAAACACGCCGUUAUCUAUGAUCUUCUUUCGGAGAAA